AUGACCGUCGAACGAAUUGACGAAGAGACUCCGCUCUUAACGAACACAACGAACAAAACGAAGACAUGCAAUGUCCACGAACGAAGAAAACGAGCACCGACUCCGUUGCCCAAAGUACAGAUUUCUAUCAUGAUGUUGCUUCAGAUCUGUGAACCCAUAACCAGUCAGUCGAUUUAUCCGUACAUAAAUCAGCUUAUCAGCGAGCUCGAUAUCACUGGCGGGGAUGAACGAAAAGUUGGGUAUUAUGCCGGUCUCAUUGAGAGCUUGUUCUUCGUGACCGAAGCAAUGACAGUUUUUCAAUGGAGUCGCGCCUCAGAUCAUAUCGGUAGGAAACCCAUCCUACUUAUCGGCUUAGCGGGUUCUAUGAUAUCGAUGCUUUUGUUCGGUCUUUCAAAAACAUUUUGGGCUUUGGUUAUUAGUCGCUGCUUGACAGGAUUGCUUAAUGGAAACAUCGGUGUCAUGAAGAGUACGAUUGGAGACCUGACAGAUUCCUCUAAUCGCGCAGAAGGAGUGUCCAUGUUACCAGUCGUCUGGUCUUUAGGAGCGACUAUCGGGCCUCUGAUCGGCGGUACUUUUGCGAGACCUCACGAAAGAUUUCCCCAGGUCUUCACAGCACCGUUCUGGAAAGCAUACCCUUACUUCCUUCCAUGCUUGAUUGGUGUAGGCUAUGUCUUUGUAGCAUUCUGGAUCACAGCUUUCGCUUUUAAAGAGACGAUCCCCAAAAAACGACGGUCCCGAAUUUUAUCUCGCGCCAGUUCCACAGAUUCAUCCGAGAACCCCGAUUUUCACUACCGCGCCGAUCGCCCUCUUCUCCUUCGCGAGCUAUUCACACACCGCGUCGUCCUAUCCGUCAGCAACUACGUCGCCCUCGCAUUCCUCAACAUCUCCUUCAAUGCCCUCCUUCCUCUCUUCCUCGCCAUGCCGCUCAACAUCGGCGGCCUCGGUCUCCCGCCCUCAGCAAUUGGGUAUAUCAUGGGCGGAUACGGUGCCGCCACCGGUAUUUUCCAGUUUUUCUGGUUCGCCAAGAUCAAUAGGAUGCUUGGAGAAAAACGUGUGUUCGUGACCGGGAUGAUGGUGCUUCCGGGGUGCUUUAUGAUGCUUCCGAUGAUUAGUGUCGUUGCGCAGAAUUUUGGAGUGUACGCGUUGGUGUGGGUGAUGAUCGCGUUCACGAUGAUGCUUGCAGUGAUUAUGGAUAUGGCGUAUGGUGCCAUAUUCAUGUACAUCACCGCCUCUUCACCAACAAAAGCAGCACUCGGCGCUACGCAUGGGCUCUCUCAAACUUCAGCUUCUAUUUCACGAGCGAUAGGGCCUGCGUUAUCGGCGUCCUUGUUUUCGCUCUCCGUACAAGAGGGCUGGUUGUACGGCUAUGCGGUAUAUGUGAUCUUUGCUAUGUUAUCGAUAGCUGGCAUAUGCCUGGCACAACAACUGCCUGAGGAAGUCUGGGAGGAGGAGGAGGAGGAAAAUGAUGAUCAUGAUACAGAUGCUUAAAUAGGAAUGUUCAUAAAUGGAUCCUAUCGUUGAUCUCUUCCUUUGACGAAGCAUAAAAAUGAGAGGUUUGAAUGAGUGAUAUAUCGUAGUAAGUAGAAGGACAGACACUUGAGGUGAUGUACAUGUAUGUAUACACAAGAAAUCUUUGAACCCGGAUAAGAACGACGACAAAUGUCAGAAGACAAACAGCAAACAGCAUAUGUAUGAGCAUGUUAAAAAAACUUGAUCCAUAGAUGCGAACUCGUUAAUAAAGACGUGAAUAUAGUGAGAAACGAAGUUGUGACGAUUAUCAUAAACUUUGGAUAGCAAAUAAUGCAAGAGUUUUCUUUGAAACCUGAACCAAACGACCCGGAACUACAACAGAACAACCUCAUACAACCCCAUGGGACGGUUGUACGACACAUACACGAUCUCACAUCCGUGCACCGGAAGUAAAGAUCUAUACAGCGACACGGAGCCUGUGGAGGAGAGCGUGCAAAUACCAA